CACAUAUAUAUAUAUAUAUAUUUUUUUUUUAGCAGUUGAGAGGUCAGUCACAGAGAUUUGACGCUGCAGCCCGAAGCAGAAAUGAGCGACCGUCCUCUCUUGGUGAACGUAGACAGCUGGAUAACACAGAACCAAAAUGCAUUUCUGCCACCGGUUUGCAACAAGCUCAUGCACUUCUCCCAGUUGCUCAUCAUGUUUGUUGGAGGCCCUAAUACCAGAAAGGAUUAUCACAUAGAGGAAGGGGAGGAGUUAUUUUACCAGCUGAAGGGCGACAUGUGUCUGAAGGUGAUUGAAAAUGGCAAACAUAAGGACGUGCACAUCAAAGAGGGAGAGAUGUUUCUGCUGCCGGCUCGGAUCCCCCACUCCCCCCAGAGACAGGCCAACACCGUGGGGCUGGUGGUGGAGAGGAGGCGGCUGCUGACUGAGACCGACUGUCUGAGGUACUAUGUGGACAACACCACUGAUAUUCUGUUUGAGAAGUGGUUCUACUGUCAGGAUCUAGGAACCCAACUGGUGCCGAUAAUUAAAGAGUUCAUGGCGUCGAAGCAGUGCAAAACAGGAAAACCUGAUCCGAAUGAAAUCUUCAGAGAGCCGCCUUUCCAGAUGAACACCAUGAACGUGAUGUCACCCUUUUCCUUCAAAGACUGGCUGAACAAACAGAGGCCGUGCCUGGGCAACGGAUCCGUCAGCAUGUUCGGAGCUCAGUUUGAGACAGAGGUGAUGGUGUUUGGAGCUGGGCUGACGGAGACGUCGCUGCACCAACAUGACGUGUGGAUUUGGCAGCUGGAGGGAUCCUCACGUGUGACCAUGCAUGAGCAGGAGCUCACACUUUCUGCAGGAGACAGUUUGCUCAUCCCCGAGCAGAGCCAAUACCAGUGGCAGCGCGACGAGGCGACCGUUGCCUUGUUGGUCAUCCAAAACCCAGAGCGGAAGCGACUCUAACAUCACACACAGUUCACACGUUAGCGGAGAACUAUCGGACAAUAAGAAGCAUUAUGUGCUGUACUCAUUUAGAUUUUUGCCAAUAGUUAAUAAAAUGUUUUAAUGUACAUACGAGCUGUUAUUUAUCAUUAAAGCAGCUCUCACAUUC